AUGCCAAGCACUAAUUGGAGAGACAUACUGGCUAACCGAGACCGGCGACAAUUCCCCGAGGUGGUUGUGCCUCUCGAAAGCGCCCCGUUGAAAACCAGGAAUGAUGCGAAUGACUCCGACAAUACCCAGGACGCGGCCUCCAUACAAGAAAAGGGUGCCACUGCCGGCCAUGGACAAACCACGCUGACUCUAGAGGUCCUGCGAGCUGAAAUCCUCGCAGAGACGACUGCAUCGGGUCACAAUACUGCCUAUGACCGCAAAGCAAAGGUCAUCAACAGAGCGAUUCAAGAUAUUGGCAUGGGCCGCUAUCAAUGGGGUCUUUUUGUCCUAUGUGGUUUUGGCUGGAUCGCUGACAACCUGUGGUUACAGGGAGUUGCCUUGACACUAACCCCGGUUGCCAAUGAAUUUGGUAUCUCUGAAAGCCAUUCUCGAUUUGCUACCUGCGCCCUCUUUGUUGGUCUAAUCAUAGGUGCUUCCUUCUGGGGCAUUGCUUCAGAUGCCAUUGGUCGACGCCCUGCCUUCAACAUGACGCUGUGUAUCUGUGGUGCAUUUGGUCUCGCUGCAGGUGGUGCACCCAGCUGGGUUGGCCUAUGUGCAUUGUAUGCCUGUCUAGGUCUUGGUGUCGGUGGAAACCUCCCUGUUGAUGCUGCAGUCUUCCUCGAGUGCCUACCGCCGAACUCGGCUAGUAUUCUGAGUGGACUGGCUACCUGGUGGUCGGUUGGCACUUUGAUUUCCAGUAUGCUUGCCUGGGCUUUUAUCCCCAACUUCUCUUGCGCAAGCGCUGCUACUUGUACCAAGGCAGACAACUGGGGUUGGAGAUACUUGGUUCUCUCCCUGGGUGCUAUUACAUUUGCCAUGUUCCUUUGCCGUUUCCUCCUCUUCACCCUUUACGAGUCCCCCAAGUUCUUGGUAUCUCGUGGCCGCCAAGACGAGGCUGUCGCCGCCGUGCAGGGAAUCGCUCACAAGAACAAGACCACAACCUGGCUUACCGAAGAAAUCCUGAAUGAAAUCGGUGGCGAGCCCGAGGUAAAUGAGACGCAGUCUUUGUCCUAUGGAGAAAUCAUCAAGAGAUCGCUGGAAAGAUUCUCCAUGCAGCAAGUCGCGCCGCUGUUCGCAACCAAGCGACUUGGAAUUUCGACUGUACUGAUCUGGUUCUGCUGGACCUGUAUCGGAUUGGGCUAUACUCUAUUCAACGCCUUCUUGCCCCAAUACCUAAGCGCCAACUCUUCCACCUACGUGACCUACCGUAACUACGCCAUUACGGCUGUCUGUGGUAUCCCAGGUCCCCUUCUUGCAUGGGUUCUGGUCGAUAACCCCUACCUUGGCCGGAAGGGCACGAUGGCAGGUUCGACCGUUAUCACAGGUGUCCUGCUUUUCUGCUUCACAGCAUCCAAGGACCCCAACGUUCAACUCGUCUGUUCUUCACUGGAGUCCUUCUUCCAGAUGGCGAUGUACGGUGUUCUCUAUGCCUACACACCCGAAAUCUUCCCAGCCCCGAACCGUGGUACCGGAACUGGUAUUGCUAGUUGCCUGAACCGCAUUGCUGGUUUGAUGGCGCCCAUCAUUGGUAUCUAUGCUAGUAUUGACCCUAUCACGCCGAUCUACGUUUCUGGAGCGCUUAUCCUCGCCGCUUUUGUCGCAAUGGUCUUCUUGCCAAUUGAGACACGGGGAAAGCAGUCUCUUUAG